GAUUUUGACAGUUCUGCCCCGGCUCUGCCAGUUUAAAAACUUGUUUGUCAUUUUUGCGAAAGAGUUUUGUUAAUUUGUUAAAAAACUGUUUGUUUAACAGCCAUCCACGAAAGAUGUUCCUGACUAGAUCCGAAUAUGACCGUGGUGUCAACACAUUCUCUCCGGAAGGGCGGCUCUUUCAAGUUGAAUACGCAAUCGAAGCCAUCAAGCUUGGCUCUACGGCUAUUGGCAUCUGUACGCAAGAAGGCGUCGUGAUGGCGGUGGAGAAACGUAUUACUUCUCCUUUGAUGGAGCCAACAAAAGUGGAGAAGAUUGUCGAAGUUGAUCGGCAUAUCGGUUGUGCAACGUCUGGCUUGAUGGCUGAUUCCAGAACACUGCUGGACCGAGCCCGUGUUGAGUGUCAGAACCAUUGGUUCGUUUACAAUGAGCGAAUGUCGGUCGAGUCCUGUGCCCAGGCAGUGUCUAGUUUAGCAAUUCAAUUUGGAGAUAGUGAUGAUACGGGAUCAGCCAUGAGCCGUCCGUUUGGCGUGGCGAUUCUGUUUGCUGGCAUUGAAACCGGCGAACCUCAGCUGUGGCACAUGGAUCCGUCCGGCACUUACAUCCGGUAUGAUGCUAAAGCUAUUGGAUCCGGAAGUGAAGGAGCCCAACAAAAUCUACAGGAAUACUACCUCCCGACGAUGACGAUUAAAGAGGCAAUCAAUUUAGCUCUCAGCACUUUGAAGCAAGUCAUGGAGGAGAAGCUGAAUUCCACCAACGUAGAGGUAAUGACGAUGACUGCCGGAGAGUUAUUCCGAAUGUUCACGAAAGAGGAAGUCGAAGAAUACAUCAACAAUAUGAGUUAAGCUUAUUCUACUCAGCUACAUGAUAACUGAUCGUUUUGAAAAAUGUUAACAUAAGGGAUGGCAAAAUAUUAAAAUGUGCUUUUCAUUCUACCGAUUUUAAUUUUUUGACGGAGAGAACACGAAACAGUGUGAGCUCGUUUGGUUCGGAAAAGACGAGAAAGCCAGUUCCUCAAAAGAGACAAAGUUUUGGUGAAAUAUUCCGUUAGAGCCUUUAUUUUUCAUUACCGGCGUCCGGAUUUCGCAGCGUAGCGUACAGAGCAAUCGCGUAUAAACAGGAUCGAAAAUAUUUUAACUGGCCUGUAAUGAUAUUGGGUUGUUCUUCUUGGAAUAAUAAUCGAAAUCCAUUAAAAUUAUAACUCUUUCUUGCCUGUAAAGCAUCAAUGAAAUGUCAUAUUUCGGCUCAGUACUUGUAGUUCUACCUAGUUUAUGAAUAUUCUGAAAAUAUUGUUC